AUGCAGGAUAUUUCCAUCACUAGAGAAGUCUUUACUCAAACACUGGCCCGAGUUGUUUGUUCUCCAAUACAGCGUAUUCAAGUUGCCCAACAAACACGUACCGUACAGGGAAAUGCCUUUCAUGUUCUGAUUAAAAUUGUUACCACUAAAAAGACUGAUGAUUCAACAUCAUCUUUAUCAUCAUCGACGAAUAAUUCAACAUCUACUACUGUAGCUUCGGAAAAGAAAGUUAUUAAUGGUUUGGCUUUGUAUAGAGGACUUGAUGCAAGUUUGCUGAACGCUUGGGCAAAGGUUUUAGGAAAACGUCUUUGUUCUGCUAUUGUACCAAAUAAUAAUUUCUUGGGACAUGUAAUUAGUCCAUUGUUAUCUUUACCAUUCAGUACAGUUUAUGUAAAAUUGGUUUCCGAUCCAUCAAUGACUAAUGAUAAUGUUUUUACUGGAUUAAAGAAGGUAUUUAAUGAAGAAGGAUUAUUAGGAUUAUAUAGGGGUUUCCUUCUUCAAGUUAUUGGUAACGAAAUUCAUUCUGUAUUUUAUCUUAUUAUUCAUAGUGCCUUGGCUCCACUAUUGAAACGUAAAUCACUUGCAACAGGUUCUUCAUUUACUGAUGAAUUAAUUUGUGGAACAUUGACAACUAUUUUGACAAGCCUUAUUACCUAUCCUUUAUUAACAGUUACCAGACGUAUACAAGCUCAAAAGAAAUCAGAACAACAAUCAGUACCAGAAACUGUAAAGGCCAUUAAGAGUGAAGGUUUACGUAGAUUCUAUUCUGGUUUUGCUGCCUCUAUGACUUAUUCAAUUCUUUGUACUCCUGUUUCUUUUGUUGGAGACAUUAUUUAUGGAACAUUGAUGAGAAAAUAA